CUGCGGCCAGCCCCGCCCCCGGGUGCCGCUGUGUCGCUGGCGGGAGACUAAUGGGCGUCCGAGUCGCCGCGGUAGCGCUGCCUUCCGGGCGGGUUCCUCAGCGGAGCUCCGCGGCUGGUGGACAUCAUGAGCGGACGGCAGAGAACGCUCUUCCAGACGUGGGGCCCGAGCCUCGUGCGAGGCGCCGGCGCUCCGGGUUGCGGUCAGCCGCGCUCGCCCGCGGUGGCGGAGGCGCUGCCGGAGGAGGACGACGACGAGGUGAUGCUGGUGGCGGCGUACGAGGCUGAGCGGCAGCUGGAUCCCGGAGAUGGCGACUUCUGCGCGGCUGCGGGAGCCCUGUGGAUCUACCCCACCAAUUGCCCCGUGCGCGACUACCAGCUGGACAUCUCCCGGACCGCGCUGUUCUGCAACACCCUGGUGUGCCUGCCCACCGGGCUGGGGAAGACCUUCAUUGCCGCCGUGGUCAUGUAUAAUUUCUACCGCUGGUUCCCUUCUGGCAAGGUGGUUUUCAUGGCACCCACGAAGCCCCUGGUGACACAGCAGAUGGAAGCCUGCUUCCACGUGAUGGGUAUUCCACAGUCUCACAUGGCUGAAAUGACAGGUUCAACUCAAGCUGUCAACAGGAAGGAGAUAUGGUCCAGCAGGAGGGUUCUUUUUCUUACACCUCAGGUCAUGGUAAAUGAUCUUACUAGAGGGGCUGUUCCUGCUGCCCAUGUAAAGUGUCUUGUGGUUGAUGAAGCUCAUAAGGCUCUUGGAAAUUAUGCUUACUGCCAGGUUGUAAGGGAACUGGUUAAAUACACCAAUCACUUUCGCAUCUUGGCUCUUAGUGCCACUCCAGGCAGUGAUAUCAAGGCUGUGCAACAGGUGAUUACUAACCUCCUAAUUGGGAAAAUAGAGCUUCGUUCAGAAGAUUCUCCUGAUAUUUUGCCUUACUCUCACGAGAGAAGAGUUGAGAAGCUUGUUGUUCCCCUGGGGGAAGAACUAGGAGCCAUUCAAAAGACAUAUGUCCAGAUUUUGGAAACAUUUGCCAGCUCUUUGAUUCAGAGAAAUGUUUUGAUGAAAAGAGACAUUCCCAAUCUAACAAAAUACCAGAUAAUUCUGGCAAGAGAUCAAUUUAGGAAAAAUCCAUCCCCAAAUAUUGUGGGAAUUCAGCAAGGCAUAAUUGAAGGAGAGUUUGCCAUCUGCAUUAGUUUAUAUCAUGGCUAUGAGUUAUUGCAGCAAAUGGGAAUGCGGUCAUUGUAUUUCUUUCUUUCUGGAAUCAUGGAUGGAACUAAAGGAAUGACACGGGCAAAGAAUGAGCUCAGCCGAAAUGAGGACUUCAUGAGCCUCUACACUCACCUGCAGAGCACGUUUGCUCACGUGCGAGAUCCUGCAGCAGCUGGCGACGCUUCGGCUUUCCAGAAAGGAAAUGAAGAGAAAAAGUUUGUCUAUAGUCAUCCAAAGUUAAAGAAACUGGAAGAAGUUAUACUUGAACACUUCAAGUCAUGGAAUGCUAAGAACACCACUGAAAAUAAAUACCAUGAGAGCAGAGUUAUGAUCUUCUCGUCAUUUCGAGAUAGCGUUGAGGAGAUUGCAGAAAUGCUUUUACAGCACCAGCCAGUUAUUAGAGUGAUGACGUUUGUUGGCCAUGCUUCAGGGAAAAACACAAAAGGUUUUACCCAGAAGGAACAACUGCAGGUGGUGAGACAGUUCCGUGAUGGUGGCUAUAACACGCUUGUUUCCACCUGUGUUGGAGAAGAAGGUUUGGAUAUAGGGGAAGUUGAUCUUAUAAUAUGUUUUGAUGCCCAGAAGAGCCCAAUCCGCCUCAUACAGCGCAUGGGUAGAACCGGCCGCAGACGGCAAGGCAGGAUUGUUGUUAUCCUCGCUGAAGGACGGGAAGAGCGUACAUAUAAUCAGAGUCAGUCCAACAAAAAAAAUAUUUAUAAAGCUAUUUCAGGUAACAGACAAGUCCUUCAUUUAUACCAAGGAAGUCCACGAAUGGUUCCUGAUAAAAUCAAUCCUGAAUUACAUAAAAUGUUCAUCACACCUGGUAUAUAUGAACCAGAGAAGGCUCGAAGUCUACAGCGAAAGUCAUUUUCCUCAAGGGGUGGAAUAAAAGCUAGUAAUUCGAAUAAAGAUGGACUCUUAUCAGAAGAGGAAUUUAACCUAUGGAACAGACUCUAUAGGUUAGGAGACAGUGACGAGGUUAAAGGAGUGGCAUUGCCUCGGUCUCAUUUCCAGUCUUUGCAGGAGGACAGAGCGACUCAAGAACCAACUACUGGAAUUCACCAACUCUCUCUCUCCGAAUGGAGUGUCUGGCAAGAUCAUCCGCUUCCUACAUAUCAAGUUGACCAUUCGUAUCGGUGCCGCCAUUUUAUAAGCAUUAUGCAAAUGAUAGAAGAAAUGAGACACGAAGAGGAUGAAUGCAGCUAUGAAUUGAAAAUUAGACCUUUUCUACAAAUGGAAGAUGUCUGCUCAAAAUACAAUGUUUCUAGAAAUGGAUAUACUAAUGUAGCUAGUAUCACCAGUAUUGCUCCUCAGAAGUCUUCAUUUAGACAGAGCGUAAAUGCAGGAGGUUCCUUGUCGGUGAUAAAGUCUAAGGAAGACCUUGCUGACACUGUUAAAAUGAAUUCUAAAUGGACCAAAAUUACUUCUCUAAGGGAAAAAGCUUGUAGAACAGUGAGAAAAGGCCAGACUCCUGAGCAAAGUGAUGAUGAUGAUGAUGAUUCUUCAGACACUGAUAGACAUUCUCCUGCCGAAGCUGUUUCCCAGGUAGACCAACUCAGUGAUGAAAGGAUGGCAGAUGUAGGUGGACUCUCCAUCCUGGGUGCUGUUACUGAAGAUGAUAGCCAUCCAGGAACAUUACUAAUGGAGUGUCAGGUCACAAAUAAAUCACUGGCCAGGUACUCAUUAGAUUCUGGUUAUAGUAGUUUCAGUGAUGAGAAAUCUAUAUCAUCAAAUUUGUUUCCUCCAUUGGAAGAAGAGCUGCACACAGAUAGAGCCGCUGAGCAGUUUUAUAAUUGUCAGCCCAUGACAGAAGAGGUGCUAGCUAAUGUGGAGAGGUUUUUAUCCCGGUCUCCCCCAUCCCUCAGUGGGCUCUCAGACAUGGAGUAUGAUGUUACUCAGGGUUUUGAACUUGACAGUGCAUCCUGCUCCCCCUACCCAGAGCAUGAAUGCACUCCUAAACCUGGCUCCCCCUACCCAGAGCAUGAACACAGUCCUAAACCUCCUUCUUUGGCAUCACACUCUGCUGGGAAUCCUCAACAAAACUUAGAACUGAAUUCAGCUAAAUGUAUUAACCAUCCUUCUGAAAAAUAUUGUUUCCCUGGCACAACUCACAAUAAGAUUUCUGAUCAGCUCUCCUUCUGUGACUCUGAUAGUAAAGUCCAUAAUAUUAAAAAUCAAAAUUUAGUAUUUAACAGUUAUGGUGAAAUACAAGUAAACCUUGAGAGUAAUUUGGCUGACAAGAACUGCCAUGAUGAUAGUGAACCCCCAGUAUUGUUCACUGAUGAAGAUGAGAGUUUACUGUUGUUCGAAGAUGAUUUGAAGAAUAUUGAAGAUGGAAAUGAAGCGUUAAAUGGGGCAGGCCUUCCUCCCUUCAGCAGUGUCAGUCAGCCCCUCUGUGCGCCAGGUGAAACUCUUACAAGUGAAAUGCCUCCAGUCUCGCACUUCUUAAUUUCUGAUGAACUGUUGUUAGAUGAUGAUUCUGAAGCGGAAGAUGAGAUCAUCUCCAAUGCUAAGAGCUGGGAAUGUCAUGAAGGUGUGGAAGAUGGACAAGAAGACCUGAAGCCCGAGGGACAGACUUUUGAUUGCUCUGCAGACUUAUUUUCUGUUACCUUUGACUUAGGAUUUUGUAGUUCUGGUUCAGAUGAUGAAAUCCCUGCACGUGCAUCUGAAAGGAGUGGCUCCCUAGGAGCAGCCCAUGUGCCAGGACGGCAUUCUGAUACGGAGAUGGAGGCCCGUGGUGCUUCAGGUCCACUGGGUGGGGCCAUAUCUCCAAUCCCAACUGAGAAAGCGCAGUGGUCACCUUGGGCACAGAACAAGGAGUGUGCAUCUUUCCACUUUGUCCCAUCCCCACCAGUGAAGGAGAGAGUCAUGAGUACUCCGCUUUCUAAGUCACACACGAACUCUGACACAGGAGCACACAUGCUUGAGACACUAGACUCUACCAAGGAGAAGGCAGGUGCACGGGGUUUCGAAAUGACGUUGAACCCACGAUUGGACAACCUAGGAUUUUCUGUAGAAGAGACCAAGAGCAGUGAUCACCUCUUUAGGCAUCAGUCCCCUUGUCGCACUGAAGUUGAACACUUAACUAGUGAAAGCGAAGAUGAUAUUUUCCUGAGAAAAACUAAAAAACCAAAAGGAAAUGUCCUGAAGUCCCCUGAGGAUCCGAAAAACAAUGACCUUGAUUCACCUAUUCAUGUUGUAAAAAGGCCCAGAGUUCUUAGGUCCGAAUUAUCAUCUAGCGACGAUGAGAGUGAGAAUUUUGACAGACAGAGUCUAAGAUUGGAACACUUCAAGGAUCGUAACGGGAAUACCAGAAAAGGCUCUGAAGCCCAAAAGAAACGGAUUCAAAUAAAGACUAUAGCUCGGAGGUUUUUAGACGACGAAGCAGAGGUUUCUGGAGAGGAUGCGGGCUGUGUCUCAUCAGAUGAGGAUGAUGCCUCUGGGAACGAGCAAGAUUCCUCGCUUCUCGACUUUGUAAAUGACCGCACCCAGCUUUCACAGGCUAUAAAUGAUUCUGAAAUGAGAGCUAUUUACCUGAAAUCUGUACGUAGUCCAUUGAUGAGUACUAAGUACAAAAUGGUCCGUGAGAAGCAUACCAACAUGAACAUUUUCUCACAGAUUCCUGAGCAAGAUGAAAACUAUUUAGAGGACAGUUUUUGUGUUGAUGAAGAAGAGUCUUGCAAAAGCCAAUCAAGUGAAGAAGAAAUUUGUGUAGAUUUUAACUUAACUAAAGAUUCCUUUACAGAUGAGGACAUAAGAUAUAAAACCCGAUAUGCUGUAAAGCUCAAACAAAUGAACAAGAAACAAAACUACACACGGUCAAGAAAGAAAUUGUCUAGAAUUAUCUUACCUGACGAUGAUUCAAGUGAGGAAGAAAACGCCACAAAGGACAGAAAGCACUCCAGUGCUGACCGCGCUGCUGAGGAGCUCACACAGCAGGGCCAGCACGGUGCUGCAGGGCCGUCUGGGUCCUCAGUGCAGCCCAUGGUCCUUUCUGAUCCAGCAGGGAACCAGUCAUCCCGGCAGAGACAACAGGUGCCGGCCAAUAUAAUGGAUGCUGUUCCUGGAGCCUGGAGCAUGAAGGCUCAGAGCCUUAAUACAAUCCAGUCUGCUUCCCCACCAUGUACUGAUGUUGAGUCAAGGAAGGAGUGUGGGAACCACCCACUUCAGUGGAAGGUUGACGAUCGAGAGCACAGUGACAGCUCAGCAGCACCCUGUUCUACUUCACUACUACAUGUGUCUGAGGUACACACAGCCCCUAGACAUCCACAAGAAGGAAACAGGGCUUGCAUUCUUGUAGACAGUCGUGAAAUCACUACCGGUUUGGAAGUAAUCUCUUCACUAAGAGCGGUUCAUGGGUUACAAGUGGAGAUUUGUCCUCUUAAUGGCUGUGACUACAUCGUAAGCAACCGAAUGGUAGUAGAAAGGAAGUCCCAGUCUGAAAUGUUAAGUAAUACCGCUAAGAAAAAGUUCAUCGAGCAGAUCCAGCGUCUGCAGAGCAUGUUUCAAAGAAUAUGUGUGAUUGUGGAAAAAGACAGAGAAAAAGCAGGGGACAUAUCAAAAAUGUUUAGAAGAACGAAGUGCUAUGACAGUUUGCUGACUGCCUUAGUUGGGGCUGGAAUCCGAAUCCUUUUCAGCUCUGGACAAGAAGAAACUGCAGAUUUACUAAAGGAGCUGUCAUUGGUGGAACAAAGAAAGAAUGUUGGUAUUCAUAUUCCCACAGUGCUAAGCACUCGUCAGUGUGAAGCGCUUCCAUUCUAUUUAAGUAUUCCAAAUAUAAGUUAUAUAACGGCCUUAAACAUGUGUCACCAGUUCUCAUCUGUGAAAAAGAUGGCUAACAGUUCCCCUGAAGAAAUCUCCACAUGUGCAAAAGUAACUCAUCAAAAGGCUGAAGAGAUCCAUAAGUAUAUUCACUAUCUAUUUGAUGUGCAAAUGUUACCAAAUGAUCUUAACCAGGAAAGACAGAAAUCUGAUACAUGCUUAACACUUGGAGUUGCUAUGAAGGAACUCUCAUAAUGCUAAUGUACUUCAAUAAUCAUUGUAGUUUUUGAUUAGUAGUUUAAAAUAUGUAAAUAUUUUAUCUCUUAAUGAUCUUUAUAUUGUAUAUACCUUUUUAUUUAUAGACUAUAUAAUUUAUUUUUAAAAGGAAACCUUUGAUGUUCCAUAAUCAUUCUGAUUAGACUGUGAAACAAAUUUUUAUUGAAUAAAUCAAGG